AUGGCCAAGAAGAGAGCAGGAGGUAAAAAUCACGGCCAAAAGCAAUCCCUUUCCGAGUUUGCAGCAACCGUGAAUAAGAACCAGACACAAUCAUUGCCUCAAUUUGAAGAGAAUUUUGAUUUGGAGAAUAUUGAUAUUGAACAACAACGUUUGAUUUUUGAGCAAAUUAUGAAUGAACAGGCUCAAGCGGGUUCUUGUUCCGAUGAUAAUGAUCAUCAUCUUACAGAAACUUCAUGCAGUAAUGAUGGAAACAACCAAUUAUCAGUAACCAAUCUUGAGGGAGAAACCACCAAUUCCACUUCCUACGACAAGGAACCUCUCGAGUCAACUCAUGACGAUGAAGCCCUUGCUCGCAUGUUGCAAGAAGAGGAAAAUCUUGCGGCUGCUGUUGAAAGCAAAAUUAUCAUUGGUGGAGGAGGAAGAAAGAGUUUUGUUCCAACUGUCAUGAUGGCAGCUUCUGGCUCGGAAUUUGAAGAGGACUAUGAUGAUGACGAAUUUGAAGAGGACUAUGAUGAAGAUGAAUACUAUCGUUCGAUUCGAGGAGAUGAUAAUUUAACUCUCGAUGAAGAGAGUGCCAUGGAUUUGAAUGAUGUUUAUCACAUUUCUAAUGCCAAUGGUACUGGCUUGGCUGGCGAUUAUGUCAAUGCCUUGAUGAGAGCCGACACCAAAGUGUUGCACACUUCUCAAUUCCGUGACCACAGCGCUCACUCCUUCAGCUCUCGUAGAAAUAAGAAGGAAACUAUUGAACGUAUUCGUAGUGUGGACAAACAAGAUGAGAGAACGACUGACAAGGUUCUCGAUCAUAGAACUAGCAUGAUUCUUUACAAGCUCAUGAACUCUGGAAUUGUGACACAAUUGAAUGGAUGUGUCUCUACGGGAAAAGAAUCUCAUGUUUUUCAUGCUACUGGUUGUUUGGAUGAAAUUACUGGUGACGCUUCUGGAGCUGAGGUUGAUUUUUGCAUUAAAAUCUUCAAGGUUGUUGGUGCCUCCUUCAAACGUAUGAAAGACAAGAUGAAGGCCAACAGUCAAAAGAACAUCAAAAUUUAUGCCGAGAAGGAAAUGAGAAAUUUGAAAAAGCUCAAUGAGGCUGGCGUUUCUUGCCCAACACCGUAUCUCGUGAAAGAUCAUGUCAUUUUGAUGAGCUUUAUUGGAAAGCAAGGAUUUCCAGCUCCUGCUUUGAAGGAUGUGACUUUUACAAGUGUGGACAAGUUGAAAAAGGCGUACACUCAAGUCAUUACCAACAUGAGAAAAAUGUAUCAAAAGGCUAAACUCAUUCACAGCGAUUUGAGCGAGUACAACAUUUUGUAUCUUCAUGGUGAAGUGUACAUCAUUGAUGUUUCACAAGCUGUUGAAAGUCAUCAUGCCAAUGCCAAGUCUUUCCUCGUGAAUGAUUGCAGACACAUUAAUCAAUUCUUUGCCAAGCAAGGGUUGACAACAAUCUUGACCGAUAAGGAACUCUUUGAUUAUGUCAUUCAAAACGUUGAGGGUUACAUGACUGAGGAUGAAUUACUAGAAACUACUCUUUGUGUUACUGAAUUAAGAGAUAUUUCCAUGAUGGACCAAACACAAGAUGACAAGUAUUUUGCGCAAGUCUGUUUGCCUCAAUCCUCCAUUGAUUUUGAUGACAAUUAUCAUGCUGUGGCUGCUCAUUCUGCUGUUGACAUUGUUGAGUAG